AUGGUAACUACAGAACCAAAUGUAACUACAGAACCCAGUGCAACUACUAAACCCAAUGCAACUACAGAACCAACUGUAACUACAGAACCCGGUGUAACUACACAGCCCAAUGUAACUACACAACCCAAUGAAAUCACAGAACCUAUUGUAAAUACAAAACCCGAUGUAACUGCGGAACCCAUGGUAACUACAGAACCCAAUGUAACUACAGAACCAAUGGCAAAUACAGAACCCAUUAUUACUACAGAACCAAAUAUAACUACACAACCCAAUGUAACUACACAACCCAAUGAAAUUACGGAACCUACUGUAACUACAAAACCCGAUGUAACAACAAAACCCACGACAACCACAGAACCCAAUAUAAUUACAGAACUCAGUGUAACUACAGAACCAAUGAUAACGACAGAAACAAAUGUAACUGCAGAACCCAGUGUAACUACAGAACCAAUGAUAACGACAGAACCAAAUGUAACUACAGAACCCAGUGUAACUACAGAAUCAAUGAUAACGACAGAACCAAAUGUAACUACAGAACCCAGUGUAACUACAGAACCAAUGAUAACGACAGAACCAAAUGUAACUACAGAACCCAGUGUAACUACAGGACCAAGUAUAACUACAGAACGCAGUGUAACUACAUAA